AGUAACAAAGCCAACACACCGCUGAAUUAAUAAGUGACAGGGGCCUCAACGGCCUGCGUUCAAUGCUAACUCUCGCGUUCAAAAGGGGCAAUUUGAAGGCGAUUCCCUUCGGCGCCCCUUUUUUCCGCUGGGUGGCGAAGCCCUGGACCCCACGCAAACCACCCCUUCGAAUCGCCAAGUGGAGCAAAACGGGCGUUGCCAUUUUAUCUAAACACCGAUAUUUUAUCGAAAAUCGCGAUAAAAUAUCGGUACUUGAAAAAAGUGAGGUUAGGUCGACUCUAUCGCCAUCUCUUGGCCAGUGGGAGUCCGGAAGAGCACAAGAUCUGGCAAAAAUCGCCCGAGAAUACGCAAAAACAGCCCCAUUUCUCACAAUGACAGGAAGGUGUAAGAGCAAAACGAGGAAGCCGCUGGAGACAGCUCUGGGGAAGGCCCCCAAAGACAGCGAGAGAGCGGCCGACUUGGCGCACUUGCGCAAGCCGAUCGAGACAAGUGUGUUUGGGUUGAAGCAAGUCCUGUCUUUGCUUCAAACCGCCACGUCUGAAGUCAGGGAAUAUAUAACGUACGAGUGCGACGUCCUGUACGAAUGUCGAACGUGUCGGAGUAUUUUUCGGAGUUUGGCUAAUUUUAUUCUGCACAAGAGGGAAUACUGUCGCGAAAAAUUCUCACUAGAUGGUCACCACAACCAGGGUGGCGGUUUUGUUGUUGCUGAAGACAGUCAAACGUUGCCGCCGCCGCCGCCGCCACCGCCAAAUGAAAAUUCCAGUAGAUGUGCUACACCCGAAGAGAAAGACCCGAAAAAGACUAUUUUACCAAUCAUUGAUAAACUUCUAAAGAGACAAAAAAUCAGGCUUUUGGCUAAAGAUACACUCAGUGAAGACUUGUCAAAAGAUGAGAAUUCAGAUGAUGACGUUAUUUUCGUUUCGGAGGAAAAUAACGUCAUUUUGCAGAAAAUCGAUACUUCAGAAGCUGCCGUUUUCCAGACUGUUGUUAAAGAAGGGGUGAAGACGGAGGAAAACGAGGGAUUGAUUAAAUCAGAGGUGAUGGAAAUCCACGGCAUUUUGGAGAACAACGAAGCCGUAAUGGACAGCACCGGCAAAGUGUGCACCUUCGAAACCUCCAAACCCAAGCAGGAGCUCGUCUGCACCGAAUGCAACUUCACCUUCUCCACCGAGAAAACCCUCACCCACCACAUCAAGUACAAGCACAACCAAACCUGCAUCGUCUACCCUUGUCCCGACUGCAGCGAGACGCUCUCGAACGCCUGGAGCGUCUACCGCCACUUGUACAACGUCCACCGGCGCACAUCGGCCCAGAUCCGGCGCAUGCGCGACUUGAUCCACUCCAGCCGCGUCCGCAAGUCGCAAAAACCCCCACCGAAGACCCCGCCCGAAGAAGAGAAACAACAGCGCAGCGAAAGCGAGGAAAACCAAUGGAUGAACAAUUUCGAGCGCGACAAGGACUUGCAAAUGUGCGGCGGCUGUGGAAAGCGGUUCGAACGCAAAGCCGCCUUGCAUUCGCACUCGCAAAUGUGCACCAAGAGAAUCGCGCUGUGCAACAGCCUUAAGAAAGGCAAGGCGGGGCCAAGUGACAAGAGGGCUGAGAAGGGCGGAGCUAGGGGUGUACAAGGGGCGGCGAAGCGCAAACCGGCGCUGGUCUCGACCUACAAGCGCACAAGCGAAGCUAAAGCGCCAGUAGGCGAGGUUUUGACCAUUUCGGACGAUUCGAGCGAAGUUCCAGAAACUUUGAACAAGAAGCGCCUCAAGUGGGAUUUUGACCCGAAACUGGCCGACAUUUCGGACGAAUACAAGACGUAUCUGAACGACGAAACCGACCAUUGUUUCCUGGCCAAGGCGCAAAUUUACAUGGAUAAAGCCGGGCUUAAGUGCAUCCCUUGCGGGAGCAGUUUUGUGUCAGUCUAUCUCUUGCUGAGGCACAUGUCUGUGCAUUUCUCCUGGUUUAGGUUCCAAUGUAGCAAGUGUUCGUUCAUGUCGUUUCAUAAAUACGACUGUACUACGCAUGCUAGCAACCAGCACAGUGUUCCCAAUGCGAUGAUGGAGAGUACAGUGUUGCCAAUUCCCAAGUGGAAGGUUUUGUGUUCGUCGCAUGAUUUCGAGCAAGUUGUGGAGGAAAUGCCUCCACAGUUGGAGAAGUGUGAGAAGAGUGAGGCGAUUGUUUUGGAGGAUGAUGAGAUGCCGGUGCUUUUAUUGGACGAUGGGAAGAAGGAGGAGCAGGAGGAGGAGAAGGCGGGGCCUUCGAAAGGUUUGGAAAAUAGUCGGCCGGUCCGAAAUCGGACGAAAAGUGUGAAGACGGUGCAAGACGAUUUUAUUUAUGAUUUGAACAAUGUUUUGAAACUUAACGAUCAUUCCAUUAAGAAUAGAAGAAUGAAAAAGAAUCUAAAUAAGUAAGUUGCAUGUGUAUACCUAAAGGAAAAUAAAGUGUUAUUUACAA